ACCUGCCACCUGCACCCAGCCGCACUGUCGCUGGGGUGACGGGCAGAAUGUUUUGGCCGUCAAUUCCAUCACGGCGCAGACACGGUCGCAGGGCGUCAAUUUAUACCUUGCAUCAAUUAGGCAUCGAAGAUAGAUAAUCGCGAAACCGAAUUCCUUGCUUCCGGCGUACGACAGCGAUAAUCCGAACCAUUUUCACGCUUUUUUACAAGAGACCGGCAAAAACCGAAUUCGCAUCGCAUCCUGUCGCAUCGUUUGGUACCAAACAAUCCAAAGGCGAAGCUCGAUUGGCGCAUCCAAUCCUCAAAUCCGUCGAUAUAUGUAAACUUCUCUUCAAACUACCGUCAAGAUGCUUCUCGAAGAAGACCCAUCCACGCUGAUAAAGCACACGAUCGCCAACUUCAACAUCGCGCCGGACCGCAUCGCCGUGGCGCGCGUGGCCGAGUCGCUGUCGACGCUGCAGCAGGCGCGGGACCUACGGCUACGCGACGCCGAGGGCUCGCUGAAGCGGCUGGCGCGCACGCUGCACACGCUGCAGUCGCAGCACGGAGAGCUGACAGGGACGCACUCGUCGGCGGCGCACGCGAGCGAGAUUGCGCGGCUUGAUACGCAAAAGUUCCGCAUCGCGAAGGCCGCGUCCGACCUCGAGAUGGAGACGGAGCGCCUGCAGGCCCAGGCCGCCGACCUAGCCGCCCGCCUGCAGGAGCUAGAGCUGCAGGGCGUCGACGGCGGGACCUCUUCGUCUUCGACGUCGACUUCGUCGGGGAGCGUCGAGGACGAGGUGCUCCUGCGUCUCAAGGUCUACCGCAGCUUGGGCAUCGAGAUUGAGCGCGACGGCAUGGGCGGCGGCAAGGAUGGCAGCACGGGCGGCGAGUUCACCCGCGCCGUCGUGCGCAACGACCGCAAGGGCGACGUGCACGUCAUCAACAUCGACCGCAAGUUCUCGCGCUUCUUUUAUGCCAACUACUUUUGGCAGACGCUGUGAUGGAAUGGCGGGGAUUGCAUGUGUGGCGACGACUAUCUUACGCACGGUUUUGCUUAAAGGGAAAAUGGUUGAGGUGGCUGGGCGGCGUUCAGGUUCUUUGCGCAUAUACCAUUGCUUUAUUCCCUUCGUCAUUUGGAAAUAGGAUAGCUUUCGGAUUAGGGGUGCCUCAAAUUGUACAUCUUACUCUUUUUUUGAGACUGGGCUAUGAACUCAGCUACGUAUACCUAGCAUAUCUAGUGACGCUAACGUUACUCCGUGAACCGAGAAUGCGGUGUUCUGGCCGCCGAAUUUGGCUUGCGCAUGCUGCCACUUUCGGCCGCUUCAACACCGAGUGCACCACU